GCGGCUCCGGGGCCCGCGGCUCCGGGACCGCGGCACAAACUUUCUGACUGUACGGGGACGCUGCGCGGUGAGGAGGAGCCGCGGCAGCCGCAGAUCCUGAAAGUUGUCUUGUGCAGGUUCCUGGGAGAGCCAAAUGUUGGAGAAGACUUACGCACUCCUCUGAAGAGGGUGGUCAGCAGACACAACCCAGCUGUGGGCUGUCAAGGGGAGCAGUCACAGAAGCAAUUGGCUUGAUGCAUGUUCCUCUCCUACCUUUGAAGAACAGUCAGAAUCCUGGAACUGGAAAGCCUCUCAGGAAGAUUCAGGAGGCGACCAUAAAAAAGUGAAGACGUUACAUUUCUAAUAUGAUACUUGGAAGUUAGUGACUGCUUACCACAAUUUCAUGAAAAUUAAAUAUGACUUAGAAGCGUCGAAGGCUUAUGAUGUCAUCGGUUUCGACAGAAAGCAGACUCCAGCAGGCUGUGAGCCUGCAGGGAGUUGACCCCGAAACAUGCAUGAUUGUGUUUAAAAACCACUGGGCACAGGUUGUGAAAAUCCUGGAGAAGCACGACCCCUUGAAGAACACCCAGGCAAAAUAUGGGUCCAUCCCCCCGGAUGAGGCCAGUGCCGUGCAGAACUAUGUGGAACACAUGCUCUUCUUGCUAAUUGAGGAGCAAGCCAAGGAUGCGGCAAUGGGGCCGAUUCUGGAAUUUGUGGUCUCUGAGAACAUCAUGGAGAAGCUCUUCCUGUGGAGCUUGAGACGGGAGUUUACCGAUGAGACUAAAAUGGAGCAGCUGAAGAUGUAUGAGAUGUUGGUCACCCAGUCGCACCAGCCCCUGCUGCACCACAAGCCCAUCCUGAAGCCUCUGAUGAUGUUGCUGAGCUCCUGUUCGGGCACGGCCACCCCCGCCGUGGAGGGGAAGCUGGUGGUCCUGCUCAAUCAGCUCUGUUGCAUCCUUGCCAAAGAUCCCUCCAUCCUGGAACUCUUUUUCCACACUAGUGAGGACCAAGGGGCUGCCAACUUCCUCAUCUUCUCCCUUCUGAUCCCCUUCAUUCAUCGAGAGGGGACGGUGGGCCAACAGGCGCGGGAUGCUCUGCUGUUUAUCAUGUCUCUCUCUGCCGAGAACAGCAUGGUGGCCCAUCACAUCGUGGAGAACACCUACUUUUGUCCAGUGCUCGCCACCGGGCUCAGUGGGCUCUACUCUUCCCUGCCCACCAAGCUGGAGGAGAAGGGCGAGGAGUGGCACUGCCUGCUGAAGGACGACUGGCUCCCGCUGCCGCCCCUGGUGCAGUUCCUGAACUCCCUGGAGUUCUGCAACGCGGUCAUACAGGUGGCCCAUCCCUUGAUUCGCAAUCAGCUUGUCAAUUACAUCUACAAUGGAUUCCUGGUGCCCGUCUUGGCUCCUGCUCUUCACAAGGUGACCGUGGAGGAGGUCAUGACCACGACCGCGUACCUGGACCUUUUCCUGCGCAGCAUCUCCGAGCCAGCGCUGCUUGAGAUCUUCCUCAGGUUCAUCCUGUUGCACCAGCACGAGAAUGUCCACAUUCUAGACACUCUCACCAGCCGAAUCAACACCCCGUUUCGGCUCUGCGUGGUGUCCCUGGCGCUCUUCAGAACCCUCAUCGGCUUGCAUUGUGAAGACGUGAUGUUGCAACUAGUUUUAAGGUAUCUGAUCCCCUGCAACCACAUGAUGCUCAGUCAGCGGUGGGCGGUGAAGGAAAGGGACUGCUACUCCGUGUCUGCGGCCAAGCUGCUGGCCUUGACCCCUGUCUGCUGCGCCAGCGGGAUCACUCUGACGCUUGGAAACCAGGAGAGGGAUUAUAUUCUCUGGUCGAAGUGGACGCAUGAUGCCUCAGGGCCCGUGGAGCAGCCCGCGCCCGCGCCCGCGGCCUGCAUCGUGGAGUGCGGCAAGGCCCUGGACGUCAGCUACCUGCAGUACCUGUGGGAGGCGCACGCCAACAUCCUGCGCUGCAUGAGGGACUGCCGCGUCUGGUCCGCCCUGUACGACGGCGACUCGCCCGACCCCGAGACGUUCCUGCGGAGCGCGGCGGAGGAGAGCCCGGCGCGCCCUGCGCCCCGGCUGCCGCAGCGCCCGCCCGGGGCGGCCAAGGCCCGGAGCCAGACGGAGCUGGAGUGGGACGACAGCUAUGACACCGGGAUGUCCGCGGGCGACGUGGGCUCCCCGGGGCCCCGCCACCUCGCGGAGGCCCCCGGCCCGCCGGCCCCCCGGGAGCCCCCGAAGCACAUCCAGGAGAUGAAGAGGAACGCCAUCCAGCUCUUCAGGGGCGCCUACAUCGAGGAGUCCGACUUCCAGGACGACGUGAUGGUGUACCGGCUCUGUGCCGAGAAGGACGCUGACGACGCCGCCGGGAGGCCGCAGCACAAGCCCGCAGGGUCCCCGGCCCAGGCCCCGCCCGAGGCGCAGCGGCCCCGCGUGGACAACGGCCCCCUCCCCAGCCCGCAGCAAAGGACAGACGCAGAGGGACAGCAGAGGGACAGCACGCACCCCUUGCUGGACAUGUCCGAGCCACCAAAGCAAGAGAAUGAGCCUGAGGUCGCCUCCGAACCGGACUCAGAGCUCGUGGCCCUGGUGCCCGAGGCAGAGCAGAGGCCAGAGCUGGCCGAGGUCCACCCUGAGAGUGAGGACUUCAUUGCCCAAUGUGACCAGAUCAUCAAGGAACUGGACUCGGGCACUGAGAGCCUGGUGGACCAGCAUUUCCCCGAGGACCCCUUGCUUCUCACAGAGGAGGAAGAAGGGAGGGAAGGAGAGGGCAGAGGAGAACAGAAGGGGGCAGAGGAGGAGCGGGAGAAGGACCUGGAGGAGGACCAGGAGGACUUUGACUCCUUCAUGGCGGAAGCUCCUGCUGCAGAGCCCGUGUGCUCCCCCUUUGGGGUGAGAGAGGAGGCUGCCUGUGCCGGGCCCCAUGCUGGGAGAACUCAGAGCACCCCGUUCACAGGCCCGUUCAUCAGCGUGGUCCUGUCAAAGCUGGAGAACAUGCUGGAGAACUCCCUGCAUGUUAACUUGCUGCUUAUUGGGAUCAUCACGCAGCUAGCCAGCUACCCCCAGCCACUCCUGCGCUCCUUCCUGCUCAACACCAACAUGGUCUUCCAGCCGAGCGUACGCUCCCUCUAUCAGGUCCUCGCGUCUGUGAAAAACAAGAUCGAACAGUUCGCCUCGGUGGAGAGAGACUUCCCAGGCCUCCUCGUCCAAGCCCAGCAGUACCUGCUCUUCCGGGUGGACGUGUCUGACAUGACCCCUGCCGCAGUAACCAAAGAUCCCAUUCAGGAGGCUUCCAGGACAGGAAGUGGCAAGAACUUUUUGGAUGGUCCCCCACGAGUGCUUCAGCCCUUCCUGGCCAACAGAGCCAAGGUGGUAGGGGCACCCCCAAACCUGCCCCUGCCUGUGAGGAACACCAUGCUGGCCGCUGCGCUCUUCCCCGAGUUCCUGAAGGAGCUGGCUGCCCUGGCCCAGGAACACUCCAUUCUGUGCUACAAGAUCCUGGGUGACUUCGAGGACUCCUAUUGUUAGCUUUUUUUAAAAAAAAUAUUAUUUUAAUAGAGAUUCUUGUAUUAUAAGGUUAGAGUGUCUUGACUGAAUGUUAAACGCAAAGCUGCUUAUCAGAAACUUCUACUUUGAUAUUUCCUGACAAUACUUGAUUUGCAGGGAGGGGAUCCUCACGCGUCUCCUCUCUGGCCGGGUCUUCCCACCUACCUUAUGGAAUGUAAGUCUCCUCAGCUGAUGGCUCCCUUGGCAGGUUUUCUUUGCUCAGUUCUUCCUUCCACUCGUGGUUGUCAUUUCCCAUCCCUUUGAGUUAUGCAGUGUGGAGCUCAGAUGGCACCAAGCAAAUAUUGGGGUUCUGUGAUCUCCAGGGACGCCCAGUGGUAGAGGGCUGGCUCUUCGGCAGCACAUGAAGAAGGUGCACCUGCAACUGCCCAGAUGCUCCUCCUGCUGACGUUUGGCUUCCAUGUUGUAAGAGGGGAGAAUAAAGAUGGAGCUCCCCUCACCUCCGUCACAUGAGCACGUCAUGUGUCCCUUUGAAUUUUACUUCCAGGACUUGUAUUCUCUCAGCAUGUAUUGCCCUAUGGUGCAGGAAAAGCCCCAGCCUCAGCUCUCUGCCUGGGAAGUCAUGUGUAGGUGGAGAGAAUUUGGAAUGCAGGGAAUUCUUUCUUGUUGCUCGAGAGUGGUCCUUAAUUGUCGCCAUCACACUACCUAAACACUGAUGAUAGCCGUUUUUUGGUAAGAUUUGCACAGAAUGACAUCUGCCUGUGCAAACCGUGACACUGGUUUUUAGGAGUUGGAGCAGAUGAAGAAAGAGCAUCUCAUACCUGACACAGGAGGAUGAUGACAUUGUUUCUCAAAGUGUUUUAUGAAAAAUGUUAACUUGUGAAGCUGUUCCUUAGCAGGCUUUUUUGGGGGGAGGGAGUAGAGUUGGGGGGGCGCAAAAUAUAAGGGCAAGCUAAAUACAGCCGUAAAGAUGCUGGUCUUUAUUUUAAAUUUUUUGCUUUUGCUAAUGCGUUGCACUUUAUGGGUGUCAGCAGGCACCGAGCAGCCUGCUUUGGGAGCUGCAAUGUAAUGCAAACAGGUCACAGGGAGCCCCUCGAAGCCAAGCGUCUGCUGGUGGCUUGCUCUGCACAGAGCUGGCUUGUGAGUAAUGGGCAUCAUUAUUGGCCCCCUGUGCUGCACGAGAGUCUCUUGCUACUUCUCCCCUGCUGCAAGAGGCGUGACUGUCCUCAGAGCCAUGGCCCCCGAAGCUACCACCAAGAGGGAGAUGCACAGUAAUUGUGGGCUGAAGAUGCAACCAUCAGCAACUGGUAUUUAUGGAUGUUAGAGCCCACACCCCUCUGCUUUGGGCCCAGUUCUACAGGGGAGACGCAAGUGAGGAUGAGCCUCCCUGUUUGGGGGGAACUUGAAAGGCCUGACUCCUUCUGUUCCCUUGGGGUAUCUCUACUGAGCCCUGCGGGCAUCCACAGGCCCAAGGCUUGUGCCUCCAGAGCACCAGUUUGUCUUAAUCUGGCCCCUUGCUCAGGAAGAGUGGAGGAGUUAACUGCAGAGGAAAGGGGGCCCUUUUGUGCUUCAGGGAUCUGGAAGCAGCGCUGUAUGGAGAGAGUGGAGAGGUGGCCCGUGGGAUGAAGCCCAAGGCCACCUGUCCCAGCUGGGUGAGCUGGUGAGCUGGUAGGCUCCAGCUGGGUCAUGUUUCUAAGCAGAAACGAAGACGCCUGUUCACGGCACAGUUCUGACUUCGUGUUUGCUGCCUUGGACGGUGGUUUGCCAGCAUGCUCUCUGCUUCCUGAGGCCAAGUUGUAUUUUGCACAGUCCAAAAGUCUCCAUCAGGAAUAGAGGUAGAGAAGGAGGACCAGCUAAAGAUGGAAUUUAAGCUGUCAUUUAAUAUCCUUGAACUUUGUUUUGCAUUGAGUAUUUAUCUGAUUUUUGGACUCUGCAGGUCACAUACCGCUGAAGCGGAAAUGGCAUUCUUGGGCUUUUGGGUUUGACGCUCCUCCCUCUCCAUUGGUGGCGUUGAUUCUAGAGUCUGUAUUUCAUUAUGGAACACCGUGGCCACCUCUGUGGAAGGCGCCCAUUGGCAAAGAGCCUUUGUGCCUUUUUUUUCCCCCCCCAAUAUGUUCACAGACUUACUCUAAAGGAGGACAGAGAUGGCUGGAGACCAGGAUGAGAGACAGGAAAAUUUAAUUUCUCAUGGAAACAAACUUCUAUGAUGGGAUAACUCUCCCUUGCUUCCCUGUUUGGAAUUGGAAACUGGCUUGUUUCUGAACCCACUGCAGUUCUUCUUCUGACGGUUAUAGUCAAGGUUUUAUAAAACGAAGUAAACUGACUGGGGCAUAAAGCAUCAGAAAACCCAUGUGGCUGAGUGACACAGCCAGGAAUGGGUUAUUCAGGGAAUGGUGUACACAGGCCAAAAGAAAAACAGCAGGGGGCUGUGCUAUGAACAGAAGAGCAGAUCCUGAGAGAUGAGAGACGUGAGCCUUGUUCCUGGAAGGCGACAGAUAGCAGGCCGGCAAGGAUAGGAGCUUCUUGGUGGGAAAAAGGGCUCAGGCAGUGAAGUAGAAUAUUCUAGUUCUAAAUUAAUUACAUAGGCAAAGCCCUUAAAGUACACUUUUUCUUUUUUUUUUUCUUUUUUUGGUAAUGGAUUUUGGGGAAAAAAUUUUAGAUUUUAAAAUGUGGCCCAGGGGCAUGGGUCCUAUGACAAGCCCCCCAUCAGCUGCUGAUGUACUUGCUGAAGAAACAAUGGGCACAGCCGCAGCCCAGGCUGGCGUCACCGUGUCUAGCCCGAUGCCUGGGCAGGGAAGGCAAGUCAGGGAUUCCUGGAACAUCACAUUAGCCUUAAUUCAUAAUUCAGGGUCUGAUUUAGCGUUCUCAACCAAGGGAGUUUUAUGGUUCAAAACAUGUGAGACUCCUGGGAUAUUUAAAAUUGAUUUUUGAAAAUGACCAGGUAAAUGUAAAAUUUUAAAUAAAUUUCAAUUUACGUUUAGGCUAAAACAUGGCUUCAUGGGGGUAAAUUAGUUUCCCAGCCAUGAAAUGGAGAAGCUGGGGUUAGACGUGAUCUUCUCCAUCACUAAAUACUUCUUUCCCGCAGUAUUUCGAGGCCUUGUGAAAUUGUACCCAUUUUGUUCAGCACUGUUUUGGAAGACACCUUAACUGGCUGAGGUUGGAAUUGAUGUCUGUCACGUGUUGGGAUGACACGCUGUACUUUCACAGGCCCUCAGCAGGUGGCUUCUCUUUAAGUCAGAUGUAGUUAUUUUCAAUCCACUGAGACAUCCGGAAAGCGUCCUCUUGUGACGAGAAUCUAGAAACAGGGUAGGUGGCUAUCUGGGUCACUUAUCUAUCUGGACAGCCAGUGGUACUCAGGGCUGGAAGUUGUUGCUCCCUCCGAGCCCCUUGGCUGCGGUGGUCCUGCAGGUUGUUUCCAGAUCUGGAAGUUGAAGGUUGUGUGUGGGCUGCCCGUUCUGGAUGGGUGGGGAAGCACUGCCCCAGGAGGGUGGGACCUGCCACCAGCGUGCUGUUAACCUCUGUGUAUGCUCCAGGUCUCAUCCAGGGCUGUUCAGUUUAAUUGCUACUUACCAGCCCUCUGUUUACUGAAACGGCUGUCACGCUUGCCAUUUGUACCAGUUUACUGCAGGACAGCUGUUACUGCACGUGCUACUUCAAGCCACUGGCCCAGGCCAGUGUGAGGUGUGGGUUGCUGUGAACCGCAGCCAGCUCUGUCGUCUUAGCUUUUGCUGAAGCAGUGGUCCUCUGGAGCCUGAGGUCACACCAGCUUUGAGCCACUGAGAAGCUACCCUGGUCUCUUGCCUCAGCCUUCAGUCUGUAAAUCACACAAGCAAAUUGCCCAUCAGUUUAAAACAAUAUGACACACCGGUUUAUACUACACCCUGAAGCCAAGUCAGUGAGGAAACGUUUUAAGAGAAUGGUGUUGACUUUUAAAAAAAUUAUUCUUCUUUUUGAAUGGCCAUCAUAAACCUAAUGCUUUAGAAAAAGCUCUUAUAAGACUGAGAAUGGUUUUGGGGAUAAUUUUGCUUCAGUAAAUCCUCUCUUCGUUCAGGCAUUUUAUUAGGUCACUGCUUGUUUUGGAGCAGAGAUUAUCCUGGCAGCUCAUUAACUGGAUAAACAGGGCUUCAGCAAGGAUUUUCAGAGAGGCUCUUCAGGGAAAAGAAGGACCAGGACAAGGUUGGGGGAAGCCGUCAAAUCUUUAGCCUUUUGCUCUCAGAACCCCCCAACUGAUGAUUUUAGAUAUGCCUGCCCUUUCCUAUCCUGUGGGUCACUGUGAAUUGUGUUCUUGCCUUAAAAGAUGUGGGUAAACCGAACUGUCGCUCACACAAGUAACCAGGGUUCCAUCAGAUGAGUUCCAUACGCAUUUCAGGCAUCUUUGGGGAGUUGAGUUACAUUAUCACUUCAGAACCUGACAGGUGAUGGAAGCUCCUAGGCCAGAUUAUAAAUUCCAUGGAGCUGAGGCUGUGGGAGUCUGUGCUGCUGACAUUUUGCUGGGACAAGUAAGGCCCACCUGUAACUGGGACUCUUGUCCUGCAGAUGUUUUUAAGGAGGGAUAUGGUGUUCUUACGUUUUUGCCCAGUCAUUUGACUAAAGGAGGCAACAAGAGAGUUUCAUUCAGAUACCUCCCAAGCCACAGUCCAGGUCAGCUCUGCUGACGAUCCACAGUGCAGCUGCAAAACCUGCAGCAGCCCAGACCCGCUCCUGCCUUGGCUAAUGGAGAGAGAACGCUACCUUCCAGAAACAGCAUUUUUUCCUCCCCAGUAGCCAGUGUGUGGAGUCCUUGAAAUGAUGGAGCUGAAUUCAGGUGAAAUGAAAAGUACAGUAUUGUGGGUGAUGGCCAUACGCUGCGUUAACUGGCCACUGAAGGUGUUCGCCUUCAGAAAUUUCCUGGCUUUCUUCCAGAUUAGCAAUAACUACUUUAAAAAAAACAAAGGUGGCUGGGAGAGGGACCGCGGCUAAAACGUCCUUACCUUGGUGUAAUGAUCUCAAUUUUUCCAUGUACACCCUGAGAGGAACACAGGUCUAUUUAGAUGUCUGAGGCAAAAAGCUGCAUUCUAGAUCCAGAACUGAAAAUCCUAGGAGUUGGCAGCCUCUUUCUCAAAGGGGCCUUAUAAGGACCGUCCAUUAAUUUGUUUUCCAAAUUAGAUGAACUCUUACUGAACACUCCCUGUGCAGGGUCUCCUGGGGGGGUCUCCUGCCCAGUGCCGGCUGACACUGUCCCUUCCCACCAGGACCAACCAGCCAGCACCGGGAAACAGCAGAACACAUGGUUCGGGUCUGACCAGGUGGAUCUGGUUCAGGCUGUUCUGGGCGAGAGCCAGUUUUCCAGCACAUUCUCCUCCCAGAGGCUCCUCAGAGCCUUAGCAUUAUACACCCCGCCUACAGGUGUGUGCAUUCCAGUGACAGAUGGCAAUGGCUUCAGCUAUGGCACCAGCUCAUACAUUUUAAUGAGAUUUCCCCUAAAUGGUACAAACAGAACCAGUCUAAAUUCACACUCACGCAAGAAUGUAAAAUUGUAUUUCACUGAGGCCGUGAAGGAGCGCAGCCGCACUUGGUGAGUUCCUCAGGGUGUUAUGUAAACAUCUCUUUCCAAUAUCUUAGGUUCCGAUCUCAGCUGUGCCAUGCCCCCCGCCCCCACCCCCCAGUAUCACUGAUGUCAACGAAGUGUGGUUUUCAGGAUUUCAGAAGUUGACAUUCCGAAGGACAGGCAGUUGUCGGAGGUGGACAGGAAUUAGCCUUGUCACGUGGCAUUUUUCUCUGGGAAUAAUCAGUCCACGGGCAGUUUUCACUUGAUGUAAUAGUUUCGGUGUCUUGACUUGACAGCACCCCUAUGUAAAUCACCCCCAUGAUUUGAAACGAUCUGGAAAGAUCUUCCAGUGCUUUCUGUAAGGCUUGAUGACCAAGAAGUCAGAACUUUUGGUAAAAAUGGAGUCUAUAAAGUAAAAUGAGCUUUACUAUUCUUAUAAAAUAAAGGUACUGCCAGAGGAAAAUCUCAGAGCAACCAUGCCCACCUGCAAUUCAGAGACUUGCAGAGUGAGUAGGGGCUCUCCCUUUCUCUCUGGUAGAGGGUUAGUGAGAAUGACAGACCCAGCAGUGUUCAGUAUUGCAACAAAAUGUGGGGUAGAUGGCUUCCUGGGCGAGGAACAUAGUCUCUUGUUCUAAGCCACUGAUUAAAAACAUUUUUUUCUUUAACAUGUUAUCUCCUUUUGCUUGUCUCAAAGCACACAACUGGUGUCCUCUGUCCCUGCCUUUCCUGGCUGGGCAAGAGGGCACUGUUCACUGCUGAGAGUCCCAAGCACCUGUCUGUGGGCCAGGAACCACAGUGGCUCAGCUGGCGUUGCGCAGGGGUUGGGAGCCCACCUUUCUGCCCUUCCCCAGUGGCCCCGGGACGGCAUUCCCCCAGUAACUUUUCAGUUCUUAGCAGACCGGGGAACUCAUUUGAAAGUCAGGACCUCCAUAGGUUUCCUUCCUGUGCUCAGGUCAUAGUUAAGUACUUUUAAAACAGCAUUUGCAAAACUGGACUUUCAGGAAGCACGAAUCCAAGGUACCAGGCAUGUAAGGAACAAAGUGGCAUCCAGUGCAACAGAGAAGUAGCCUUCCUGUCUCGGGAGCACAGGCCACACAGCCUUCACCACCCGACUGUCAGCUACACCUCAACUACUGUUAAAGGUCAGGGUUUUGAUUUAAUAGUUUAUAAUCUUACUCUUUUCAUGCAAAACAAAUCAAUGUUACAGCCUUUAUCUUUUUUGGUCACAGGUUGGGGGGCUUGUUGACUAGACAAUCUUUGAAGUGUAAGUUAAUUUUUAUCUGAUAUUUCAAUAUAUAUUUUAUUCAUUAAAAUUUAUUUGAAAAUGUC